UGCCCGCCGUUGACCUGCACGACCGGUGACGUGGCCCACAUCUCGCCAGUGACGCCGCUCACGGUUGGGGUCAUCUGCGCCUGCAUCGCCCUGCUCGCCUUCUUCGCGGGCCGGCUGACGCGCUUUGGAGUCAAGACCGGGCGGCACGCCGACGACCUGGACGCCACUGCUCGGGCCCAGGUAGCUCAGUACAAGGCCAAGGUGGGCGACUUCUGUGUUGUACGGUACAACGUUCCGGGCGGGGCCCUGUACCACGAGCGGCUGGUCAACUACCUUCCGCUGGGUGCCGGGCUGACCGUUUCCAUCACCACGCCCGACGGCGACGAAUACGAGGAGGUGUGGGGCCUGCCCGACAUCAUCGAGUGGGAGCCGCUGCCGAAUCGGCAGCCGGGUGGCGUGCUGAUGGGUCGGCCGGGAGCGCGAUACUAUCGGUUCAGAGCUGGUGCGAUGCCGACUGCAGCGAGCCUCACGGCGUCCGCUGUGGCUGCUGCUGGACGCCUGGGCCAGCCUGUGCCGGGCGGGCCCUUGGUGCCAGCCCUCGGCGGGCGCCUCGUCGGGCCGCCGGCGGGGGGGGCCGCGCCUGGCGCGCUCGAAGCCGGGGGCGCCGCUGCCCCGCUUGGCGGAGCGGCGGGCGCGCCGGCGGCGGCCGCUGCAGCUGCGCCGGGCGGAGUGGCCCCGGCGGCGGGGCUCGGCGGCCUGGUGGCGGCGCUCGGCGCGCCCGCGGGUGCUGCGGGCGCUGGCGGCCACGUCCAGGGCGCGAGGGUGCUCCCAGUGGUGUACGACGCCAUGGGCAACCGUCGGCGGGAGUUCCGCGAGGCGGUGCUGGCCUGCCGGGAGGACCAGUGGGCGGGGUGGCCCGUGCGUGGACCUCGCACCGCGCUCUGGGUCCUGCGGUGCAUCAUCGAGCACGGCGGGACGCCGACCGGGAUGCACUCUCGGUGGCGCAGUGAGGCCCGCCUCCAGGAGCACGAGCCCGGGGUGCAGGAGCAUGAGCGCUCGUGCCGGGCGCUGGAGGAGCUCAUCUGCUACGACCAGUGUAAUGGUGCGAAUCUGGCGGCCGUGGAGCUGCUGGUGCGGAACAUCCAGGUGCAGCAGGAGAGGUACCGCGACAGGAGUGCUGGCGGCUCAGGAGGCGGCGGCCCCGACAGCGUCGACACGCACCUGUACAUGGGCAGCGAGCUGACCAGAGGCGGCUGGCGCGGCCCCCUGACUGAGACGCCUGUGGACCGUGAUGCCUCUAACGGUCCGCCGAACAGAGAGGUUUUUGACAUGCUGGGGCAGAGCGGCCGCCAGCGCGACAUUUUUCCGCUGCCCCCGCUGUGCCGAGAUCACGCCGGCGCGGCGGGCCGCCGGGACCUGUCCCGGGUCACCAGGCGGCGUGGAGAGGCUGCCAAGCACAUCCUCGACUGGGGCGACGACUGCAUCGACGCCCUGAACGACUUGUACGGCCACCAGGAUCGGCCGGCGGUCCCCGCCAACGCUGGUCAGCGACACGCAGUGGAGCAUGUCGAGUCGCGAGUGCGCGCGCUUGGCAAGCCGCCACCAGAGGCAGGCUUCCGCGAGGGAGCCCUCCGUGAGCUCCUCGCGGGGACGGGGAUCUACCAGACGGGUGAUCUCUCCUCCCGACGGCCGUAUGUCAAGGAGUCCAUUUCCUGGCCCUCGCCCGACGUGCAGCCCGUCCCGCUGUGCGCUUGCCUGGGUGAGGCCGAGUCUGAGUGGCUGGGCCGCUGGCAAAGCACCUUGCUCAGGCCAGAUCAACCUACAUCCGCA